CAGGAGCCUCAGCAACAAGGUUCUGCUGAUGCCUUAUCCCAUUAUCCACAAGGAACUAAUAUAAACAGUUUUAAUGGCACAUGGUAUAUAACUGGAGCUACGAAAAAUGCUUGGGAUGUUUAUCAAACUCUCUCUCAAAGAUUCAAUAUCCAAAUUGAUUGCGCUCAAUUCGAUGUCAACACCACGUCCAACUCAACACUUGAUGUAUUAUCCUCUGCUUUCCUGAAUCAGACCACCUUAAACCUUGGUAUAAAUGCUACAGUUGCUGGUUCCCUCAUUUUACAAAACCCCGACAGUCAAACCAAUGUUUCGAACCAUGAACUAUUGUGGGAAGCCUACACGUCCCAAGUCUUUGUUAACAAGGGUCUGUGGGACAAGUUUACCCAAAAAGAUCAGUCCAAUGCUAACAACAACAAUGCAACCACUGGCGCUACACCCCUUCCCGGCACAAAGCCCGUCGAAGCUACUAUUUACACUCAAUUGAUUGAUACCAACGCUCAACCUGGCACAAAUACUUCUACCAACUUUGAUGCCAUUUUCAUUUGGGGAUCCCAUGCAAAGACUUUGGGUGAUGAUCAUAAUGACAUUUAUGGUGUUUUACUUACAAAGAAUGCUACUAUCAGUCCUGAUGUUUUCAAUAGAACCGCUGGUCUCUUACCUCAAAGAGCCGUUUCUAAUAAUGCUCAACUUGUCCAAUUGAAUGAUACUUGUACCGUCAGG